AUCCAGUGUAAAAGCAUCGCUGGGUUUCUCGGUUUCUCUCAUCUUCAACACUUCUCUGGUGAAUGUAAAUGAUGGAAACACUGGUGACGUUCCUCCUCAUGGGAUCUCUGAUACAAGGUGUUUUUUGUGGUUUCAGUAUCAGUCUGCCACAGACAGUAGAAGCUCUACAAGGAUCCUGUGUUUUCAUACCCUGCACAUUUGAUAUUGAUCAACAAUAUGAAUAUUUACUCACUGAUAGUGCAAAGAGAAUGUGGUUUAAAGACGGUACAGUUAAAGUGUUUAACUCCAGCAGCCCCAACACUGGACUGUUAAAAGGAGAAAUAUUUGGCACUGCGACACAGAAAAACUGCAGCACACGCUUCGAUAAUGUCAGUCAGAGUCAUAAUGGGUCAUAUUACUUCAGAAUUGAGGCCAAUAGUGCACUGAAAUAUAGCUACAUAGCACCUACAUUCUCCCAAGUUCAAAUUGCUGUCUUAGGAUCUCCACCCAAACCCAUAGUGAGUGUCUUUAAGGAUCUGCAGGAGGUGAUGGAGGGAAGUUCAGUGAGUCUUCGCUGCUCUACUAAGAUCUUCUGUCCCUUUCAUUCACCAAAUCUCACAUGGAGCUCAUCUCUCAAUGAGAACAUCACAGAACGGCAGUAUCAGAACCAAACUGAGCUCAUCUCUGAUCUGAACUUCACAGUUUCUCACCGUCAUCAUGGAGUCACUUUCACCUGCACUGCAACACACCAGCUACAGCAGCAGAUCACAACACAGCAGUCCCAUAUGCUACGAGUUCAGUAUGCUCCUAAAAACACAUCGUUGUGGAUAAAUCCAGCUGGUUUAGUUGUGGAGGGUCGUUCAGUGACUCUGAGCUGCAGCAGUGAUGCAAACCCAGCAGUGAACUACACCUGGUACAGAGACACUGAAGAACUCCUGAAUCCAGUUCAGACCGGACCAAACCUGACCAUCAACACCGACCCGACACACAGUGGACGAUACUACUGUACAGCUCAGAACAAACACGGCACACAGAACACAUCAGUGCUGCUGGACGUCCAGUAUGCUCCUAAAAACACAUCUGUAACUGUAAAUCCAGCUGGUUUAGUUGUGGAGGGUCGUGCAGUGACGCUGAGCUGCAGCAGUGAUGCAAACCCAGCAGUGAACUACACCUGGUACAGAGACACUAAAAGACUCCUGAAUCCAGUUCAGACCGGACCAGACCUGAUCAUCAACAACACCAACCCGACACACAGAGGACGAUACUACUGUACAGCUGAGAACAAACACGGCACACAGAACACAUCAGUGCUGCUGGACGUCCAGUAUGCUCCUAAAAACACAUCUGUAACUGUAAAUCCAGCUGGUUUAGUUGUGGAGGGUCGUGCAGUGACUCUGAGCUGCAGCAGUGAUGCAAACCCAGCAGUGAACUACACCUGGUACAGAGACACUGAAAGACUCCUGAAUCCAGUUCAGACCGGACCAAACCUGACCAUCUACAAGACCAAUCCAACACACAGAGGACGAUACUACUGUACAGCUCAGAACAAACACGGCACACAGAACACAUCAGUGCUGCUGGACGUCCAGUGUGUUUUUUGUGGUUUCAGUAUCAGUCUGCCACAGGCAGUAGAAGCUCUACAAGGAUCCUGUGUUUUCAUACCCUGCACAUUUGAUAUUAAUCAACAAUAUGAAUAUUUACUCACUGAUAGUGCAAAGAGAAUGUGGUUUAAAGACGGUACAGUUAAAGUGUUUAACUCCAGCAGCCCCAACACUGGACUGUUAAAAGGAGAAAUAUUUGGCACUGCGACACAGAAAAACUGCAGCACACGCUUCGAUAAUGUCAGUCAGAGUCAUAAUGGGUCAUAUUACUUCAGAAUUGAGGGCAAUAGUGCACUGAAAUAUAGCUACAUAGCACCUACAUUCUCCCAAGUUCAAAUUGCUGUCUUAGGAUCUCCACCCAAACCCAUAGUGAGUGUCUUUAAGGAUCUGCAGGAGGUGAUGGAGGGAAGUUCAGUGAGUCUGCGCUGCUCUACUAAGAUCUUCUGUCCCUUUCAUUCACCAAAUCUCACAUGGAGCUCAUCUCUUAAUGAGAACAUCACAGAACGGCAGUAUCAGAACCAAACUGAGCUCAUCUCUGAUCUAAACUUCACAGUUUCUCACCGUCAUCAUGGAGUCACUUUCACCUGCACUGCAACACACCAGCUACAGCAGCAGAUCACAACACAGCAGUCCCAUACGCUACGAGUUCAGUAUGCUCCUAAAAACACAUCGUUGUGGAUAAAUCCAGCUGGUUUAGUUGUGGAGGGUCGUUCAGUGACUCUGAGCUGCAGCAGUGAUGCAAACCCAGCAGUGAACUACACCUGGUACAGAGACACUGAAGGACUCUUGAAUCCAGUUCAGACCGGACCAAACCUGACCAUCAACAAGACCAACCCGACACACAGUGGACGAUACUACUGUACAGCUCAGAACAAACACGGCACACAGAACACAUCAGUGCUGCUGGACGUCCAGUAUGCUCCUAAAAACAUAUCCGUGUCUGUAAAUCCAGCUGGUUUAGUUGUGGAGGGUCGUUCAGUGACUCUGAGCUGCAGCAGUGAUGCAAACCCAGCAGUGAACUACACCUGGUACAGAGACAUUGAAAGACCUCUGAAUCCAGUUCAGACCGGACCAGACCUGACCAUCAACAACAUCAAACUGACACACAGUGGACGAUACUACUGUACAGCUCAGAACAAACACGGCACACAGAACACAUCAGUGCUGCUGGACGUCCAGCAGACUCAUUUCUGUCUAUGACCUGCUGACUAUUAGCAUUUAAAGGUGUUCACACCUGUUUCUGUUUUCAUCAGGCUUUAGAUCCCAUCCAAAAAUGACUCAAAUUAUAUACUAAACUCAUCUUUUCUCUUUGGCUUUUGGUUCAGUGUUUAUCUAGAGUGUCCAUCAUAACUUUUACUGCAAAAUACGAUUCUACACAUGAAACAUGAAGACAAUAAACAUAUGAUUAUGAGGAAUCUUUUUUAUUAUUAUUAUUUGGUUUGGUGUUAUUUAUUUCUUUUAUAACUGGGUGUACCUUUGCCAUGUGACAGUUAAGAUGUGUUUGUGGAAAUUACUAUGUUGUGACAGUGAAACUUUUAGGAAUGCUUUAAAGUACAUACAAAUGUUGUUAAAUUGUACUAAGUGACAACUUAGAUAUUUGAGUUGAAUCAGCUUGAAAUUUUAAGGCAGCUGGGUUACUUACCCAUCUGUUAAGUUUAGCAAACACAAAUUUCUAAGUUGUUACUUAGUACAACUUAACAUUUCAAGUUGACUAAACUUAUUUUAGUUGACUGAACUUAAAAGUUUAAGGCAGCAGGGUAACAAAUUACUUUAAGCUGACUCAACAAAUUGUGUUUUUUAUUUUUUACAGUGUACCUUAAAAACGAUAACAAUGUCUGUUUUGAUAACUGAUGAUAACAAAUGUCUGUUUUGAUACUGUAUAUUGGUCAGGCUUGAACGUACAGUAAAAUGGGGACACUCCCAGGGACAGCUUCAGUUGGAGACUUAAUUCACUUAAUUUCCAGCGAUAUCGUAUACUAUUUGAACAGCUGCUUUGUCACAAUCUGUAUUGUUAAAAGCGCUAUAUAAAUAAAGGUGACUUGACUUGACUUGACUUGACUAGAGACAAAACACAGAAAACACACUGAAGGACACUGAAGGACUCCUGAAUCCAUUUCAGACUGGACCAGACCUGACCAUCAACAAGACCAAUCUGACACACAGUGGAUGAUACUACUGUUCAGCUCAGAACAAACACGGCACACGGAACACAUCAGUGCACUGACUGGACGUCCAACAGACUCACUUCUGUCUACAUCCUGCUGAUGAUUAACAUGUUAAGGUGAUCACACC